AUGUCGGAGGCACCGCUGCUUCCGAAGACCGUCGUCACAGCUUCUGGCGUCGGCACGAACGCCAACGGCGCCAAGGUCAUCUUUAUCCAGCCCCAGGUCCAGCCGACCAAUGUCCAGCAGGUUUACCUGCUGCAGCAGAAUGCGACUGGACAGCAGCCGGUUCGUUCCAUUUUCCUCGAGUUUUUAUCAAUUUCCCUCACCUUAUCGAUAGCAAAUGCCAAUAGGCGUGGAAAAUUCCUUUUUUGCCAGAAAGAUAAGAAAAAACAUUGUUAAUAUUCGUAUUUCUCAUUAUCCGCUUGUUAAUUGCCAUCUCUUUUAUGCUUCGGAAUAUAUUUUGAAAGUUUCUUCUUCUUGAUAUUGUUGUGAAUAUUGUCUCUGCUCCUUUGAAACAUCAUGAAACAAUUUUUAAAGACUAUAAAUGAACAAAAAAACUUUUUCCUAUCAAAGAAGGCGUGGCUUAACUUUUUGAGAUUUAUGUUUUCUUUUGCAAGUGAAUCAUUUUUCUGGAACCAUACGAUUUUGGCCAAUUUUUCUUAGGUGAACAGUUUACGACCACGCUAUCCUUUUUAUUGAUUAGUUUUAUCUUUCCUUGUUCGCUUUUUAUUACUUUUCAGCUUCUUUAGAGACAGUUUGAUGUGGAGUUUUAUUGUAAGGAUCUCAAUAACUUUUGAAAUAGUUUAAAAUCGCAGUUUCGUUACUUUUUUUGUAUACUUUGUUGAAUAGUAAAAAUUUUUUUAAAGUAAUUAUUUUUGAAAAAAAUAGUUUUUUACGCGAAGUAAAAAAAACAUUUUUCACUUUUUUUCUUGAAUAAAAAAACUCAUUUUUUUGUUUUUCUUUAACUGUUUAAACUUUCUGUGGGGUUUUUGAUUACAUGAUUUUUCAGAGAAUGAUUAUGUUUUUAAAAAAAUUACAUUUUGAUAAUUCUUUGUUAACUUAUCCACGAAUCAAAAAUAAAACUGCAGACUUUUUCUUCAAUCAAAUAAAUAUUCUUGAUGGAGUAUAACUGUUCUAAAUUCCUUUCUCAUGUUUUUAAAGAAGGAUGGCAAAUUUUUCUGAAGGUCUCGCGACGAAAAGCCGUUUUUAAUCAACAAAACUUUGUUUUCCAUUUUCAAUUAUGAAGUAUCAAUUUGCAGGUCACAUUUAUUCCGGUGCAAAUCCCGAGCGACAAUAAAAAACAGAUGACGCUGCUGAGCCCCGUCCAGCCGACCCAGCACAUGAACGUCGUGAGCUACAACCCGUAGAUGAUCAUUUUUAAAGGGAAAACUGUUCAGAUCGACUCGGGAAGAGCCGGCGGCGCUCCUCCGAUCGUCCAGUCCCAGCCGACGACUUCCAGUACGGCCAGUCAACAGAGGAUUACCCUGGGUUGGUUAAAAUUCAAUUCAUUGGUUGGUUAUAAUAUAAUAACUUUUUAAUAUUUUUUUAUCCUUCUGAAAAAAAUUUCUCACAACUUUUUCUUUGAGAAAAAUGGCUUUAAUGAGUGAUAUUUCAAAAAGUUUUUACAACAAAAAAAUAAAUAAAAAAAAGAAUUUUUUUACAAAAAUCCAUUCCAAACGCGGCCUAAACUUUGUACGAUUGCCAAGUUUCGAUUCAGGAAAAAAACUGAAUUUCACAAAAUUACGCAAAAAAAUUUUCUAUGAGGGGCCUGCCAGGUAGACUUUUUUUCCAUAAUAAAACUUUUGAGUUUUUAAAUGGAUAUAAUCAAAUAAAAAAAUAUAAUCAGAAAAUAAAUGAAAAAUUUUUUUAUGUAAAAAAAUCAAUUUUGCUAUUGAUAAACGAUUACAGAAAGCGAUUUUUUUCAAAAAAAUUGCAAUUUUUUUCAAUUUUCAAUAUUUUUCUGGAAAACUAUAAAUAUUCUGCAGUUUGGCGCGUUUUUUCAGUGGAUUCCGGCCGAUUGGCUAAAGAAAGAAAUUCGAUCAAUGCUCAGAAAUAAUUUUUAUGUCACAAAAUACGGGAUUCUGAGCGAAGUUUUGAAUUCGCCCGUAAAAGUCAUCAUUUCGUUGUAGGACCCAAUUUCUCUAACAGCUCCCAAAAUUCCAAUUUUGCGUCAGAUUUUACAAAACAGAAAAGUCGCCAGAACAAGACACUAACUCCAACAAACUGUAGUUCGAUUUCAGGAAACCUGCACUUCCAGCAGGACCCGAACGAUCCGCAGAAGUGGAUCAUCACCAACGACAGCGGCGCCUCGUCCGCGCCGCCCGUCAACCCGCCGAGCACGCAAAUCAUGACCAACCAGAGGAUCAUCGGCGGCGGCGACUCGCCGACCAUGAUGGGCGGCAUCGACUACGACAUGACCGGCUCCUUGGAUGUACGUCUUCAGCUUCUCCUUCUCAUCUUUGAUUCUAAGAAAUCCUACAGAAUCUUAGCGAAAAGUCGCUUAUCUCAGCCAAAUUCUUCUUCUGAAAAUUGGAAAGUUCCACGGAAUCUCAGAAAAAAACUCUGUAAUCUGCUAAAUUUUUUUUCCAGAAAUUUCUACAGGAUCUUAGUCAAAUUAUCUCUGACCUUAUCCUAGUUUUAAUUUUCCUUCAGUUUUCAAAAUCUUAAAUAAAUCUUCUUUGAUCUAACAAUGAUAAACUAAAAAUCCUUUGAUCUCAGGAAAUUUUUUUUUUAAAAUCCUAGAGAAAUUUCCCAGAAUCCCAGCCAAAAACACCUCUGUUCCUAGCCCAGCUCAGUUAUCUUGAAUAAUUUUUAAAUAAUUCUACAGAAUCUUGCCCAAAAGUCUUUGAUCCCAGUCAAUUUUGUUUUUUUGAAUUUUUUUAGAAUAUUCCAUCUUAAUCUUAUUCUUCUCCGAUUUCAGCUAAUUUUUUUCAUAAUUUUUAGAAGAUUUUCCAGAAUUUCAGUCGAAAAACUCUUGGAUUUUUUUGUAAAUUCUUUUUGACAUUCAAAGAGUUUUUCAGAAUCCUGGUCAAAUUUUUGGCCAAAAAAACCCUUCAAUAUUGUUCAAUGUUUUUUUGGAAAAUUCUUCUCACAAGAAAAAUAUAUCUUUGAUAUUUCAAGAUGAUAGCAUAAGUAUUUUUCUAACAAAUUGAAAAAAAAAUAUUUUUUUCAGACGCCAAAAAGAUGCGCCUGCACGUGUCCCAACUGUCAAGGAAACAAUAUGAGAACGUUGGUUUUUUAAAACUCUUUUUCGAUUUUUCAAGAUGAAUCAAUUUGAGGUUUUUCAAUUUUUCAGUGGCGACGGAAAGACGAGACUUCAUAUUUGUCAUAUUUGUUCGAAAACUUAUGGAAAAAAACUUCUCAUUUACGGUUGGUUUUUUUCGGGAAUUUUUCUAACUUUUUUUCCAUGUGUUUUAAAACUUUUUAUUUUUUUCGAAAUUUCUAAUUUUUUUAUAGUUUGAUAUUUAUAAAAAUAUAUUAAAAUUAUUAAAUGUAAACUUUUGCAGGGCUCAUCUCCGAGGCCAUGCGGGUAAUAAGCCGUUCGCCUGCGAUUGGCAACAUUGCAACAAACGAUUUACAAGGUUUGAAUCCGUUUAUUAAGGCUAAAAUUCGAAGUUUUGAAUAAUUUGUUAACCAUGCGUGCGCCCUAGUCUGCCCAGAAUAUGAUUUUCCACUCGUCGCUCAAGCUCCACCCCUAAUUACGCGAUAAGCCAAUCAGAAAACGUGCCAACCACAGAGACUUUUCGAAUGACGCCAUUGUAUUUGACUUUCAAAAUCUGAACGGACUGCAGUUUUCGAUAGGAUUUUAACUUUUUAAUCAAAAAUAAUGAAAAUCUCUGGUUUGGUGACUGGAAAAAUAAUUUCUAAAAGUGUUUUGAAAUUAAUUUUUGGCUUCGAAAAAUUUUCACGAAUCGGUUUGAUAACGAUUUUUACAAAGCUACAUCAGCAUAAUGAAACGUAAGGAUUUGUUUUGGAACUUUUAAAAUAAUCCAAAAAUGGUUCUUUUCAAUGGGGCUUUUUUAAAAUGUAUCCUUCUCUUCAUUUUUCAAUUUGUUUUUCAAUAAUUUUUUGAUUUUCAAAGAAACUUUUCGAAAAUGUGUUUCCUAAAAAGAAUCUCACUGAACUAUAGUCCGUUUUUCGCGGCUUGAAAGGGCGGGAUUAAUAUAGCCUCUUGUUGAGUUGAAAACUUUUUCGUUUUUAGAACUCCUUGUACAAAAAAAUGAGUUCCCAUUUUCAAUAGAUUGAUAAAACUCGAAGUUCCCCUUUAUUCUCAUUCGUAUAGGUGUCAGUUAAAAGAUAAAAAGGUCCCAUCAGAAAAGAUACGAAAAAAUGGGGUUUCGGCCACAAAUUUCCUUGUAAGUAGUUCAAUUUUCCUGAAAAUUCCUGAAGCUGCGAUUUUUCUGUGAACUGCAAAUUCAUCAGAGUUUUGAAAAUAACAGUCAUCACAUCUCCAGAAAGUUCCAGAAAGAUUGAAUUCCCUUCAAGAAAGUUGUGACCUAAAAAAAGCGUUUUUUCGUAUCUUUUCUGACGGUACUGUAUCUCGUGUUAAUUUUUAAUCAAAGUAUAUCAUAAGGACUUCUAGAAACACUGAUAAAAUUAAUUAGACAGUUGAUUAGACUAAAAUCUCGUUUUGCCAAUCGGAAAUCAUGCCAAUUAGGCUUUUAAUGAAUCUGUUGCCAUGGGGAUAAUAUCUUCGAGUUCAGAGUUUUGUUUUGAAGACUCUUUUGCGCAGAUUUCGAGCAUUUAUUAUUUGAAAUCCAGGGAAGAGGGGAUUUUUUCCAUUCAAGUGUUUGAGGUAUAAACGUGAAAAAAGCUUUGAUCGAUAUUUCAAACAAAAAAAAUAAGUUAAUGAUUUUUGUAAGAUCUUCUUUUUAGAGUCCUGUUAUAGGAAAAAUCAAAGAUUAAGGAAAUAUUUUUAAAAAUGAAAGAUUCUUGGGCAAAAAGCCCCGGAGAAGCCCGUAAAGGCCUCCCAAUUUAUUUCCAAGAAUUUACUCAAGAAUCGACAAAGAAACUAGGCUCCUAAGAGCCGACAAAAUGACGGCGAAAGGUGAAAAAUGGCAAGAUUUCAAUGUAACCCUUUAGCAGCCUCUAGGAACUUCAGAGCUGUACUUUUUUUUUGCCUUUUUCAAGUUUCUAUCUGAAUAACUAAUCGAUAUUUGUUAAUCUUUCUGUUUCAAUAGAUGGGCUAGGCGGUGAAUAUGAACUUUUGAAAUUAUAAUGAAUAACCGCCUUUGCGAUUUAGAAGUCCAAAAGUGUAGUUGAUCAAGUUGAAAGCGUGACCAUAAGGUACUUCGUUUUGUAAUUCUGCGCGUAGUUCAUUCAGUUGCGCCUUGACGAGCUCAAAAUAUACAGUUAAUUUACUGCUAACUUGAGCCAUCGGAAAGGGUCCUGACACGAUUAAAAAAAACAUUGGUUGGGUGGUGAAGGAAGACAGGGCACGUCCCCCUAGCCCUGAAUCGGCUGUAGCGAGUGUUGUAGCUGAAAACCCGGGGGCCGUUCUCUAGUUGGAAGCAAAUGAGAAUAGCCAAGAAUAUGCCGCAAUAGAAAAACUUAAUUUUGAGAAAAAGCUUGCGCGGACUUGGGCCAGACGAGGCUUUGAAAAAGUUUUAAACUUCAUUGAAAACGUUUUCACCGAAAAAUUUAUUUACGUUGAAUGAUAAUUUAAAAGUAAAAUUGAUCAAACACGUGACUUUCGACGUGAAAAAGCUCCAUAUUUGAUUAGGAAGAAUUUGAGCUUUUUGGACUGGGCCGGCCAUUUUUGCUUGAGGCCUCCCUCAGACCGGGCCUAGUCGGGCUUAGAAAUGACCUGGAGGUCGCUGGACUGACACACAAAAAUGUUGUGAAGUAUGAAAUCUGGGUUGCAGAAGCGACGAGCUGCAACGGCACCGACGGACGCACACGGGCGAGAAACGGUUCCAGUGCACCCACUGCGGGAAGAAGUUCAUGCGGAGCGACCAUCUCACCAAACACGAACGGACCCACACGACCAACCGCGUCAACAACAUGAACCAGACCAUGCGCCAUCAAUAA